AUGGCUCCAGCAAAGGCAAGGAAGGCGGUGGAAAUCUUCUCUGAGCAGUUUCGCAUGGAUGAACUGACUCGUCGAAGGGCAACAGGGGACGAAAUCACGGUCGCAGAGUUGUCCAAGCUUGCAUCUAAGAAGUGGAGAGAGCUGUCGACCGAGCAGAAGGCCAAGUUUAAUAAUAUGGCCGACAAGGAGAGAGAAAAGUAUGGGGAUGGGGACGAUGAUCGAAAAUCGCGACGAUCCGUAAAGAACAAGGAUAAGGGAGAGAAGGAAAAUCGGGAUGCUGAAACCAAGAAGCCAAAGAAAGUUAAGGAUCCAAACGCCCCAAAAAGGAAUAUGACAAGCUUCUUCGUCUUCAGCAAUGAACAGCGUCCCAUUCUUAAGACUGAAAAUCCUGAAUUUAAAACCACCGAGGUUGCAAAGGAGCUGGGUCGCCGUUGGAAGGAAUUGGACGCAGCGGAGAAGAAACGAUACGAAACUAUCGCUGAAGAAGACAAGAAACGCUACGUGAAAGAAUUGGCAGCGUAUGAGAAGUCUCAGCGUUCGGAAAUGGACUAA